AUGUUUGCCAAUGCAUGUGCAAUGGGUGAAUCACUCAAAGUUGAGGAUCUAAUCAAAUCAAAUCCAAAUUUGAAUGUAAAUGAACAAGAUUCAAGGGGUUUAACACCAAUACAUUUAGCUGCAAGUCUUGGUCAUCUCGAUGUAGUAACCGUUUUGGUUAAAGUUGGAAAGGCUCGUUUGGAUCAGUCCGAUCGUAGUGAUAGUACACCGUUGUUCAAAGCAGCCGCAGCCGGUCACGUUGAGAUCGUUGACUUUCUCGUCAAGUCGGGUGCACGUGUCAACCACCAAGAUGCCGACCACGCAACCCCGCUGUUUGUGACAUGCGAUGCAGUCUCUACGCUGGCAGCACAGCAACAUUCCAACGAUGGCAUCAGUAAGGCGCCAAGCGGAUUGUCUGCCUAUCUCCAGAUUGUACGUUUGCUCCUCGACGCGAAAGCCAACGUUAGCAUUCGUAACAAGUCGGCAAAGACACCGUUGAUGAUGGCAGUUCGCUCGAAACAACCACAACUCGUUCAACUACUCUUGCAAGCAGGUGCAUUGGUUGACGACAAAGAUUCUCUUGGAAUAUCAGUUAGAGAGUAUGCAGACAACGAUAGGAUCAUCUUAGCAUUACUAAAUGGUGAACAUGUAGAUUUAAGCUCAACAACGAGUAAAACAUCACCAACAGCGACAAGCAAACCAGCGACUUCUUCAUCAUCAACAAGUGCAUCUUCUGGUGUCAGACCAACCAAUUGCACAAAAUGCUCAGCAUCAUUAGGAGCAACAACUAAAUUCUGCUCGAAAUGCGGAACUAAAGUAAAUAAAGUAGCUUGUGAUAUUGUUAAAGAGAAUUUUGGUGAAGAUGUUGAGAAAGUAUAUAGAUUGUUGGUGACUCGUGGAAAGUCGACUAUUAGGAAUAUGGUACAGGGAACGGAAAUGAAAACGAAACGUGUUCGUCAAUGUUUGUUUGUUCUGAUUCAACAUAAUCUGGUGGAUUACGAAGAGUACUUGAUGCCAAAGGAGAAGAAACCAGGCACUCCAGCAAAGAUACCAACCACCGCACAGCUACAACAGGCACCGACACUCGACGAUCUCUCUGACUCGCUCUAUAGCGCCAACGUCUCAUACGCCAUUCAUCGUCUGCGUUUCACCAAGUACAUUGUUUUCAUUCGUGAGAAACUCGGUGAUGCAGCCGCUAUAUUGCUGGAGGAACUGAUGGAUAACGGACGUCUCACAAUGGAGGCAGUUGUCAACCAGUCGGCAACCUACACCAAGCAGCGUACCGGUAACUUUGACGACGAUCUCAAUCGUCAGUUCGAAGAGGUAUUCUCACAGCUCGUCGUUGAACACUUUAUCAUGAAGGCACCCAAUCCCAAGCCGAUUCUCGGUGACGAAGAUGAAAUCAAGAAUGCCGCCAAAGACGCCAAGAAGGCGAGCACCACACUCUCCAAGCAGCAACAGCAGCUGCUUCACGAUCCAUUCGCACUGCCUUCGUCUCUCCUCAAAAAGACGAAGCCAGCCGAUACCAAUAUCAUUUCGAAUCGACCGGUCGCUAUCACACCAGAGGAAGAUCCACGAAGAAAGAAGGGCGCCGCAGGUGGAUUGGCGUCAAAGACGACAAUGAAGACGACUUCGUCGACCAAAGCAACUUCAAAGUCGGGUGCCGUCAGAAAGAGAAAGGUCGACGACGAUGAGGAUGACGAGUCGCUACCGGAUGUACUGUUGGUUUCAGAGUCGGCACCGGUCGAUAUACCGAACGAUGGCGACCUCCAACCCUGGAAGAGAAGAGCCGUCGAGAAUGUCUACAAUGUAGUGUCGUCGGAGGAGCAGAAUCAAGCGUUGCAAUCGGAGGAAAAGAAGAUAUUGUGGCGUAUCAACUACGAUCAGUUCAUCAUUGAAUUCAAACUGCUCGCCUGCUAUGAAUUUGUACAGAGUAAACUCAACCAUCAGGCAGCGCUCAUCUUCAACGCAAUGGUCAACAUCUGCAAGAAAUCAAUCAAAUUGAAUCAAGAGAACAAUACCUCAUCGAUUUUCACAGAGGACAUCCUCAAAGAGUACAACAAAAACGUCGUCGACGAAUCCGACCGUAUCGAUGGUAAGAUUCUUGACAACUACCUACCACUGAUGCAGGCCACAAGACCAAGUAUCAUCACAAGAAUGCAAUCUCAAUCGAAAUCAUCUUUAGCAGAUGGAGGUGGUGUUUAUCAAGUUAAUAUUGGUAAUAUUUCAGCAGUUUUAAAACAAAAGAUGAUGAUGGAGCAAUCGAUUAUAAAGUUACAGGAGGUUCCACGUUCGUCCGAUCAUUUCGCAGCCAGAACAUUCUACUUGUUCUUUGUGGACUAUCCCAAUGUCUCACAGAUGCUGAUCGACGACAUCUACAAGGCAGUCUACAACUGUAGAGAACGUCUGCGUAGUGAACUCCAACCACACGAAGACAUGGUCAAGAAGAUGGAGACCAUUCCGGAGGAGCAACUCUCGAACGAUCAGACCAAACUACUUCGUAAGGUUCAAAGAAUGACAGAGAUCCUUGAAACCAUGGUAAUGAACUUGGAUAAUGAUUUAUUAAUUUUAAGUAGUUUCUAG